AUGUUGUAACGCUUUCAUGAGCUUGACAAACGUUAUCGAGAUAUUGAAUAUACUAAUAAUGAAUUAAAACAAUUGAAUACUCAACUUGAAAAAGAUUUAUUGAGUGUUGGUGGUGUUACUGAAUUAUUUCGACGUGGACCAGAAGGACAACCAAGUGAUAGUAGUAUAAAUGAGACUGGAAUAAUUAAAGAUGUAUUGAAUCAAUCAUCUGUAUCUUCAACAUUAUAUAAAGAUUCGUUAACAUCAAUUUCGCAAAAAGAUUCAUCAUCAGAUGAAGCAUUAACAGCAAUUGUUAUUAGUCAACGUGAACGUUUUCGUAUUCGAAAUGUUGAAUUAGAAAAUGAAAAUGUUUCAUUAAAACAACAAAUUGGCAUAUUUCAAAAUGAAAUGGAUAAACUUCGAUCAGAUAAUAUUAAAUUAUAUGAAAAAAUUAAAUUUGUUCAAACUUAUCCAACAACACGUGGAACAGAUGACUCUAUUGAUCGUUAUUCACGUAGUUAUGAUGCAUCAUUAGAUCCAUUUACUAAUUUUACUAAACAAGAAAAACAAAAGAAAUAUGAAUCACUUAAAUUACACGAAAAAUUUGCUUUAAAUUUUGGUCGUUUUAUUUUAUCAUCACAUCAAAGUCGCACAUUUUUUGUCAUUUAUUUUAUUCUCGUACAUAUUCUUAUCUUUCUUUCUCUUUAUAAAAUGGUUCAUACUGGUUCAGCAGUACGUGAUAUGUCACAAGUUUGUUUUGACCAAUUUCGAGAGCAUAUGGCAGGUGUUCAUGGCGAAAAAGACUUCCAUCUUGAUCAUGUUCAUGGUGGGGCAGGUGUAGGAUUAACACGGGCACCUCAUCGAUAG